AUGUCUGAUCACACGCCUUUUGUGCUGCACCCUCGCCUUGCCCCCAACCUCACACCAGCCUUCUACAACUGGAACGCCGUCUAUUUCAUCUACUGCGAUGGCGGCUCAUUUUCAGGCAACCAGGACGAGCCCAUUCACUUCAAUGUCAGUCACAUGCCCCUCCGUCCCUCUCCGACUCUCUCCCUCUCGCCUCUCCCUCCACCUCUCCACAUCUCGCCUCUCCGCCUCUCCUUCUCUCCGCCUCUCCUUCUCUCCUUGUCUCCGCCUCUCCUUCUCUCCUUGUCUCCGCCUCUCCUUCUCUCCUUGUCUCCGCCUUUCCUUCUCUCCCUCUCUCCUUGUCUCCGCCUCUCCUCUCCUUGUCUCCGCCUCUCCUUCUCUCCGCCUCUCCUUCUCUCCCCUCUCCGCCUCUCCCCCUAUCCCACUAAUCCUCUCUCCACAUCUCCGCCUCUCCUUCUCUCCGCCUUUCCGCCUGCUCGCCUCUCCACCUUUUUACACUUCCGUCUCUGCCUCUCCACCUCUCUGCCUCUCCACCUCUCUGCUUCUCGUCGUGCUGUUUCUUCCUUCUCAUUCUCCCCCUCUCUCGUCCACCACCCCUUCCUUUCCCCUUCCUUUCCCCUCCCUCCUAUCCUGCCCCCCCAGGGCAUUCCGCUGUACGUGCGCGGAAGGCGAGUAGCGGAGCUGCUGCUGAGGGUGCUAAUGGAGAAGAAGGGGCUUGACCGCGCGGACAGGGUGAGAGGGGGGAGGGUGGCGGGUGGGAGGGUGAGAUUGGCAGCGUGA